AUGGGAAGAAGACCUUGCUGUGCCAAAGAGGGACUCAACAGAGGAUCAUGGUCUGCUUGGGAAGAUAAGAUCCUCUGCAACUAUGUUGAAGUCCAUGGAGAAGGGAAAUGGAGAGACCUUCCUCAAAGAGCUGGUUUGAAAAGAUGUGGGAAGAGUUGCAGACUGAGAUGGUUGAAUUAUCUGAGGCCAGACAUUAAGAGAGGCAACAUCUCUUCGGAAGAAGAAGAACUCAUUAUCAGACUGCAUAAGCUCCUUGGCAACAGGUGGUCAUUGAUCGCCGGUAGGUUGCCGGGGCGUACGGACAAUGAAAUCAAGAACUACUGGAACACAAAUUUGAGCAAGAGAUUGCAAGCAUCCAAGGGUCAAAAUUCACCUAACAAAAAGGUCGAAAAUCCGAAAAACCAGACUUCAGGAACUGGGAAAUCAUCAGCGGAACCUCACACAGUCAUCCGAACAAGAGCAGUGCGAUGCUCCAAGGUUAUAAUCCCUCGAGUCCAGGCCGAUUUCGACGAAAACCCGUCUCCUAAAAUGGCAGUUCCCACAUCGGAGCCCUCAAGUUCAGCACUGGAACAGGGCGAAACCGCCAAUUUUUUCAUGGGCUUCGACAUUGGCGACCUCCUUACCUCUGAUGCUCUCAACUCAUUUCUAGACCAAGAUGAAGAGAUGGGUGAAAAUAACAGUAAUGGGGUGAGCGACCUCUUUCCUCCUUGUUCCGAUUUUCUCGCCCCGGAGAUUGAGAAUCAAGAAGGAGUGAGUGGUCUUCUUCAACCCAGUGAAGCUUUGGAGCUCAAGACACUGGCAUCUUUUCUGAAUUCUGAAGAUGAAUGGAUUACUGAAAAUAAUCAAGUUCCAUAG